CCUGUUUUAAAAACCUUAUCUGGUGCACAAGUACGCGAACCAUAAGGCACAACACAACACAACAACAUAACCCUAGAAAGAAAAUUAGGAAAACUCCAAAGGUCCAAUUAGCUUCUCGGGUUCGUUCCAACAAGCCCAAUCUUCAUCUCUCUCCGGUGAUUCCGAGCUUCUUUUCGUUCCAGAUCAGCGCUUUCUUUGUCAGAUUCCCUUCGCGCAGCUGGGAGAUACCUAUCAAGACAAGAUGACAACUCUUGAAACAGACAAAGUGGCGGAGACCCCUGAUGUGAAAAGUGAGUCCGUCAAUGCUGAUCCUCAACCUACCAAUGAUCUGGCUAAAUCCAAAACUCAGCCUGAAAGCACUGUGGAAGAUUCCGAGCCUCAGCCCAACAAGGAUCUCUCGGAUUCCAAAACAGAGCCGGAGAAAGUACUUCCUGCAUCUGAAAGCCAGGUCACUAGUGAUGAUGCAAAUACAGGAGUAUUGCCUAACCCCGAAUCGGACAACACCAAAGAACCUUUGAACAACGAGCCUGAGAAAACUGAAGCACUACCCAACAACCAGUCAGGUGAUACUGGGCCCCCGGACACUAAUCAACCUGUAGACACCGAGGUACCACUUAACAAUACGUUAGUCAACUCUGAAGCUACUCCUGAGGCACCAACCACAAAUGAGCAGGUUGAUUCUGAGGCAAUUGCAAGCAAUGGCGUGGCUCAUUUUGAAACACAGACCAGUAAUGAUGUCACUGAAACACAGCCCAUUGAUGAGGUGACACAGCGCAUUGAUGAGGUGACUUUCUCUGAAACACAGCACACAGAGGUUAUUUUCUCUGAGACUCAGCAAAGCAAUGAAGUUAUGUCUGAAAAACAGCAAAGCAAUGAAGUUGUCAUUUCUGAAACUCAGCCCAGCAGUGAGGUUGUCAUGUCUGACACGCAGCCUAGCAGUGACUUAGUAGCCCCUGAGACACAGCCCAGCAAUGAGGCAGCUAUUCACGAAGCACAUGCUGGCCAUGAUGUGGUAAUGUCAGAAGCUAUACCUGAACAUGAGUUGGCCAAUUCCACAACCGAUCCCAACAAUCAGCUCUCCCUUCCAGAAAAUCUUCCUGAUCAUCAUCAAUUCACUGAUCUCCAUAUGAUUCCAGAAGACCACUUGCCUCAACCUGAACCACUACCACAUUCCGAACCGCUUCCUAGUUCUGAACCACUAUCAGACAGUCAUCUUGCAGACAUCAAACCAAUACCUGAAGAUCACCUGGCCCACUAUGAUACUCUGCCCAACAAUCAUCUGCACCAUUCUGAGGAACUGUCCAACCACCAGCUAGCUAACUCUGAAGCACUGUCCCAUGAUCAGCUAGACAAUUCCCAAAUGAUACCUCACUAUGAGCUGACAAAUAAUGAAACGCUGCAUGACAAUCGGGUAGUCGGUUCUCAAGCACACUAUGAGAUUGUUAAUGCUAACAUACCAAGCUAUGAGAUUGUAAAUGCUGAAACUCCACUGAACCAUGAGGAACAUACACCAGAAACACAGCCAAGCAAGAGGAGGAAAAAGAAAUCUAUAGUCUGGGAACACUUCACCAUAGAAAAUGUCAGUGCUGGAUGUAGAAGGGCAUGCUGCAAGCAAUGCAAACAAAGUUUUGCAUACAGUACUGGUUCAAAAGUUGCUGGGACAAGCCACCUUAAACGCCAUAUUGCCAAGGGAACAUGUCCAGGGCUUCUGCGUAACCAGGAUCCGAACCAGGUGACUCCAUAUACUCCACGAUCAAGGGGUGGUGGUUCUGGCAAUACUACCAAUACACCGAAGCGGCGUUAUAGGUCGCCUAGCACUCCUUACAUCCUUUUUGAUCAGGAUCGGUGCCGCCAUGAGAUUGCUAGAAUGAUCAUUAUGCAUGAUUACCCCCUUCACAUGGUUGAACAUCCGGGUUUUGUUGCAUUUGUUCAAAAUCUGCAACCCCAGUUCAACAUGGUGACCUUCAACACUGUUCAAGGAGACUGUGUGGCAACAUACUUGAUGGAAAAGCAAAACCUUAUGAAGUAUUUUGAGGGAUUACCUGGACGUGUAUGUCUGACGCUGGAUGUUUGGACUUCCUCCCAAUCUGUGGGGUAUGUGUUUAUUACAGGACAUUUUGUUGACAGUGAUUGGAAGUUGCAGAGGAGAAUUCUCAAUGUUGUGAUGGAACCAUACCCUGAUUCUGACACUGCCCUUAGCCAUGCUGUAGCUGUAUGCCUUUCUGAUUGGAGUUUGGAGGGCAGGCUGUUUUCUAUCACAUGUAAUAAGACUCUGAGUGAAGCUGCUCUUGAAAAUCUCAGAACUUUACUUUCUGUGAAGAAUCCACUUAUCCUCAACGGUCAGUUGCUGGUUGGAAAUUGCGUUGCUCGCACUUUAAGCAAUGUUGCAGAUGAUUUGUUGAACUCUGCGCAAGGCAUAGUCAAUAAAAUCCGGGACAGUGUAAAGUAUGUGAAAACAUCAGAAUCUCAUGAGGAGAAAUUCCUGGAGCUUAAGCAGCAACUUCAGGUGCCUAGUGAAAGGAGCCUUUUUAUUGAUGAUCGAACCCAAUGGAACACAACUUAUCAGAUGCUGGUGGCGGCUUCGGAGCUAAAGGAAGUGUUUUCUUGUUUGGACACAUCUGAUCCUGAUUACAAGGGGGCUCCAUCGAUGCAGGACUGGAAGCUGAUUGAGACCCUUUGCACAUACUUGAAGCCCCUUUUUGAUGCAACAAACAUUCUUACCACAACACCUCAUCCCACUCCAAUUACCUUCUUUCAUGAGGUUUGGAAAUUGCAGUUGGAUCUAUCUCGUGCUGUUAUGAAUGAGGAUCCUUUCAUUAGCAACCUUACUAAAUCUAUGCAAGAGAAGAUUGACAAAUACUGGAGAGAUACUAGUCUGAUUUUGGCACUUGCAGUAGUAAUGGAUCCUCGCUUCAAGAUGAAGCUUGUUGAGUUCAGUUUCACAAAGAUCUAUGGUGAUGAUGCCCAUGUGUAUGUCAAGAUUGUUGAUGACGGCAUACAUGAGCUGUUUCAUGAGUACGUGACCCUUCCCUUGCCUCUAACACCAGCAUAUGCAGAAGAAGGAAAUGGUAAUGCGAAGGCGGAUGGAUCCCCUGGAGGAACUCUGUUGUCUGAUAAUGGUCUUACAGAUUUUGAUGUCUACAUCAUGGAAACCACCAGCCAUCAGAUGAAGUCUGAAUUGGACCAGUAUCUGGAAGAAUCACUGUUGCCGCGUGUUCCAGACUUUGAUGUGUUGGGCUGGUGGAAGCUAAACAAGCUCAAAUACCCUACACUUUCCAAAAUGGCCCGAGACAUAUUGUCAGUCCCAGUUUCUAGUGUUCCGGCUGAGUCCGUGUUUGACACAAAAGGCAAAGAGAUGGAUCAGUACCGGAGUUCGUUGCGACCAGAGACAGUGGAAGCCCUUGUUUGUGCUAAGGACUGGAUGCAGUAUGGCGCUGCCGAAUCUUCCAGUGCCCUUGUGAAAAUGGAGUUCUAGAUGUGUAGGUAGUUGUACUGUGUAUGAUGGUAGGUUCCUUUAUUUUCUCGUAGUACCUAGUUUAUGGGUUAGGCGCUCGCUCUCGGUGUAACAUUCUGAGUUGUGAUUUGGAUAAACUGGACGUGAAUAUUUUUAAAUUCUAGAGUAUCUACGUUUCAUGAUGCUAGUAUAUUAUUGAACCAGCCUUUUCGUAAUGUAUCAAUGCUAGUUCCCAAA